GCCCGACCGAUCAAUACAACAACCCCAGUACGAUCAUAUCCACAUCGCGAUUGUCUCUGACAUCAACGACGACGUGAGAGGCUUGCAAUUCGUUCAUUCCAUUCGACGGCGUUUCGGGUUUUGCACAUUGUUAUUUUGCUCUCGUUCACGACCUUCCUUUCAAGCCUCGUUUACGUUGCAUCGUGGCGACGGCAGCACGAUGCUACUCACAACAAAUCACACCAAAUCAGCUUAUCAAUCAUGAUUCCGAUGAAGCGAUCCAUCUCUUCGUCUUCCGGCGAGGAGGUAAUUACGGUUGCGCCUGGACCGCCUUUGAUAUCCAACGCUCCGUCGAGCCACGCGCAUACCGUGCCUCUAAUCAGCCCUCGUCAACAUGAAGGCAAAAAUCGCUUCGGCUCGGUCGGAGUAGCCAGAGUGACUCCAAUUGACGGAAAACUGUUGCUCGCCAUCAGGCUCCCUCCCGGAGAUGCGCGAGAACGAUUACUGAACAUUUUCUUCUCUCGCCCUCGACCGACGCUAAUGAUAAAUGACGCGGUGUCAUCGAGAAAAGUCAACCUGCAAGAUGACAAUGACAACGACGGCGACAUUGAUGACGAUGAGUAUGGUCGUCGCGAAGGACGCAAUCACCGUGGCACCUUUUCCAAGGAGUACACGUUGAACCAUCCGGAGAUUGUCUGGGUCCAUCGUGGCCAAGGUCGUUACUUACCAAGCAAAGAUGUCCACAAGCCCGCCUCAGUAAUUGUUUCGUCGCAACCAGACAGAAGCACCGCAGAGAAAAUUCCAUUGACUGGUGUAGAUCAAGAUACGGCAUCAGCCAUGUUCCAAGCAUUAUCAGACGUAUUUGAUUCAUUUCGUCGGCAAAACAAUCCAAAUGCGCGCGACAAAUGGAGUCCGACUUUCAAGCAUCAAUUUCGCUUAAUCGUCGAAAUGCUGAAGGAUACUCCACGGCAAGAUUGGUAUGACGCAGCGGAACAAAUCCAAUCAAAUGACCAUCGCAAUCUGGUUCACGGAUGGCUAAGCGACAUGGAUGAACGGUUUCCAGCGCGCUCAAGACGCGGGGGUGACCGCCGACGCAAAACUGGACAGGUCUCUGUUGCCGAACAAGACGAUAUCAUCGACGAUGACGAUCGAGUGGGUCGAACACGAACGCCGCGGCAGUCUAAAAUACAAGACAGCAUCGAGCAACGAAGAAGUUCGCGUCUCGUCGAGACCCCGAAUGCCUCAUUCAAUUCAUAUCAAGAAGCAUAUGAUGACGACGGGCCAGGCGGUGGCAGUGAAUCUUCGACAGAUCCAGAUAAGACAUACAGCAAAGCCUACGUCGACUCACAUCCGGAAGAGGGACCUUUCUACCAUUGUGGUAAUGCUUGGUGGCGAAAGGGUGAUCGGGCAAAGCCGAAAAGAGAAUCUGCCAAAUCACCAUCAGGUCGCCGGCAGUCUACCCGAUCAAGAAGUGUAUUCAAUGAUGGAGAAAUUGCGCCAAUUCCUGGACCAGAUGUUGCAAUCCAUUACGAUGAGUUGUGGAAAUAUCCAGGUCAAAGAUUUCAUCACAAGGGUAACAAUCAUUGGAAGGUCGGCCCGGGCCCGGCUGGUAAGCGUGCUAGUGUCAUCGUUGGAGACGACGGAACAAUUUUGCCUUUUAGAUCCCAAUCACCACACAGAGCUGAGGAACACGAAGACGGCGACGAAGUAGAUGGGCAAGGCGACGACGAAGAGGACCAAGACGAAGAGGACCAAGACGAAGAUGAGGAGAACGAAGGCGAGGAAGAUGAAGUGGAAAAGGAGAAAUCUGCUGCCACAACGAGAACCAGAGCCAACGCACAUGGUAACAAGAAAAACAAUGAGACUGAAACUGUGGACAAGGCGUACACUCUCCUGCAUCCGGAGUAUCAAUGGUCGCAUCGUGGAAACGGUCGAUACAAGCGCAUAGGUGAUGCGAUCGUGGUGAAGAAGUCGACCACACCAGCAGCUUCAAGUGACCGCCGUUCAAGCAGAGCGGACUUUGAUUCGAAAGCGGCCGAGGAGCAGAGUACAAGAGGAAGCAGACGCGCCAAGCGUACCUCUCGACCUUCGAAUGUCCCUGCAAUAGACGAUACGCUAUAUGAUAAAGCAUACACAUUGGCUCACCCUGACGAGGAAUUUCAUCAUCGAGGUCAGGGUCGAUGGGCACGCGGUCCACGACCAAAGCCGCCAAGCGUCAUUGAUAGUGAGGAGGAAGAGGGGGAUGAAGAAGAGGAGGAAGAGGAAGAAGAAGAAGAGGAAGGAGAGGAGGAGGAACAUGAGGAAGAUGAAGGGGAGGAAAUCCUCGUCGACUCCGCCUUCACUUUGGCCCACCCCGAACUGACGUUUCACCAUCGUGGCCAAGGGAAAUGGGCACGGGGCUUGCCACCACCUGGAAGUUCCAAUAAAGUCGCCGUUCGCGGCCCCGGUGCAAGAGACCGUGGUGAUGAUUCGCGCUCCCCUGGUGAGGAAGUAGAUGAAGAUGGAAACCCGCCGCCUGGCCUGACAGACCUCGUCCGUCGUGAAGAGGGACCCGAAAAGUGGCCCAAAUUACAUUGGGUCUACCGAGGUGGCGGCAAAUGGUGUAGAACGAGCAAAGAGGACCAGGAGCGGAAAGCAGCUCCGCCGCCGCCCAUCGUGAGCAAACGACUCCGCGGCACUCCGAGCAGAACGCGUGUUGAGGCGAGUGCCGAUGCCCAGCUUCAACGAGAGGUUGGGUUGGCGGCGACGGCGCCCGCCAAGAAGAGUACGCCGGUUCCACGACGGACGAAGCUCUUGCGCGGGAAUAGUGAUCUGAGUGAAAUAGAUGCGGUCCGCCACUCGCGUACUGCGAAUGCCCCUCCACGAGCGCCAACGCCUCGACCAACUCUGCUCGCUCCGGAGGAUGAUAUCCUACUGGAUGAAGACUUUCCAAGCCUGUUCAAGGAGGAUUGGUCGACUGAUGAUGAUGAAGAAGUUGCGAAUGACGAAGCUAGCAAGAUUCUACGCGCCACAUACGAUCCCAUCAUCGAUCCUGAGGCUUUCGUGAAGGCAUUAACCAAGUUCGAUCCCGCGAUUCGCUCACUCGAGACGCUCAAACAAUUGGCAAGUCACGCACAGUAUGCGCUCAAGGUGCUUCAGGACGAGUACCUCGAAAUCGAUAAGAUCGUAGCGCAAAAUCCUAUGCAUGGCAAGAAGGAGCGUAAGCCAGCUCGGGGUGGACGCCAACCUGUCGAAAACAUUGUUUUCGAAGAUAAGAAGGAAGCGAUGCUCUAUGACUACGCCUUCGACUCGCGUAGAAUCGGCUAUCAAGAUCCCGAUUCGCAGAGGAUUGUCCGCGAUGCGGAAGGUCGUGAGCUUCGACGACGGCGCGGCCGUCACCACCCAGUGAUCAUUGCGACACCCAACGACAUUCCAACAUCUAGCGCAGCACCCGCUGCUGCCGCAACUUCUGUCACAGCCGAUGUCGCAAGCGAGCCUCAGCAGUACAAUCCUUACCAGGUCAUCAACAUCUUCAGUGACGUGCCGGACCUGCCUAGUAAACGUACGGUGAAACCUGUUUCCCGGUUCGACGGACUGACCACACAGCCGCCUCGCAAGAAGUCCCGUCUCGCUCAAGGGACAACAGCCGAGAAGGAUAACGAUGCAGCGCUAACUGCGGCUGACAGUGAUGUCAACGAGAGUCUGCCAUCGACCCGACCAGGUACACCCUCACAAAGCAACGCGAGCGCCGCCAACUCAACUGUCGCCGCAAUGGAAGAGUAUAAGGCACCGACACGAGGUCGUUGGAAGAACCACGUACCCAAACGAAUCCGAGAAUUACGCGGAGAGAGCGUGGGCGCCACUUCCCGCACAGCAUCAACGGAAGCUGACAAUACCACCACCGCCACCACCACAGCGAACAAUAACAGCAACAAUAACGACACAGCUCGCAAGAGCCCCAGCCGCCACGAUCCUCAAGCCUCCGCCUCCUUCCCUCCUCCCACACCCUCCACCGCCAUCAACUUUACUCCCGCCGACAUCACCACGCUGGCCACUCGCCGCGGUGGCCGUGUGCCCGGCAGCAAAAAUCUCAACCGACGAAAGGACGCCGGCAUCAAGAAAGGCCCACAACGCCCACGCCGCCGCCGCGUAACCACCGCCACAGCGAGCAGCGCCUUCGAGCACUCCGACGAAGACGAGGACGAGGACGACGAGGAAUCCGCCGUGGCCAGCGCGGACGAAGAAGGUAGCGGCAACGGCGAAAGAAACGGUGACGCAGGAGAUCCCGACGGGGAUGCCGUGAUGAAAUCGCGCUCGCCGUCGCCUCCACGGAAUCACCCCAAUUCCACGAAACAAGAAGAAAUGGAAGAAACAGCCAUCUCAUCCACGGAUGGGAUUCUUCCGAUGAAAAAUGGACUCGUCGAGGUCAUACAGGAACAUCACCCCUUUACCAUGGUGCGACCGCCUGGAGAGGUCGCCUCCCCGUCUAAGGCGGUGGUUCCAGCGCCGUAUACGCAGUCCGGGUGGUGGGCGUAUACCGCACCGGCAGAUUCGAGGUCGUGAAAGUUUGGCAGUGGACGAAUUGGGCUGUCGAACUUCUUUGUGUGGGAAGAGAGAGAUGCUCGGAAGACAGGUCCUGUUGGGGUUCUUGUUGAUCGACGGAGGCAUAUUUCCUGCUUGGUUACUGAUGAGGAACAGUGGUGGUGUGUCAUUGUGACGAUGCUCAUCCCUAUGGUUGGUUAUUGGGCAUUUUUCAAGAAACCCAUUUGCAUGUAAUUCUAUUCUAUCUGUGUUGACCAAAAUUUCCGUCUAUCGUAUGAGUGCUCCUGUUGUUGCGGGUUUCACAUUGAUGUUGGAGCGAAGAGGAGAAUGGUCGCAUGGGUAUCCCUCAUCAGGAGUGACGAAGAGCGGAGUCUGAUCCGAUCUCCCCUAACUCUCCGUGU